GGGUUGAAAUUGAGGAAAACGGUCCGUCCUAAAGACUGGACUGAGAUCAGCUUUAGCUGCCUAUCGAGGGAUGCCAAUAAAACAUCUAAUUGUAAAAGACAUUGGCUUCGGUCUACAGAUUCAACUAGUUUGGCAUACAUGUUCGGCAUAUUCUCUUAUGGGUGAUUGAAGAGCAUCUGAUUUCAAAGUGAAAGUUUCAUCAAGUCAACGAAUGCUCAGUGGGAAUGAAGAAUGAGAUCGGUAUGUCGGAUGAGGAUUCGCGUGCCAGCAUUAGUUCUUCUUCCUCAACUCAUCAGCAUUUAGAAAAAAACGCGCCUAAGAAACGAGAAGAAAGCAAAGCCAGUAUGAGCAAGACUUCCAAACUCCUCUCCACCAGCGCCAAAAGAAUUCAGAAGGAGUUGGCUGACAUUACUUUGGAUCCGCCACCGAACUGCAGUGCAGGUCCAAAAGGAGACAACAUCUAUGAGUGGAGAUCCACCAUCCUGGGACCACCAGGCUCUGUAUACGAGGGAGGGGUCUUCUUCCUAGAUAUCGCCUUCACACCAGACUACCCCUUCAAACCACCCAAGGUGACGUUCCGUACCAGGAUCUACCACUGUAACAUCAACAGUCAGGGUGUGAUCUGUCUGGACAUCCUGAAGGACAACUGGAGCCCCGCCCUCACCAUCUCCAAGGUGCUGCUGUCCAUCUGCUCCCUGCUCACUGACUGCAACCCUGCUGACCCUCUGGUAGGAAGCAUCGCCACCCAGUACACAACCAACAGACCAGAGCACGACAGGAUAGCCAAACAGUGGACCAAGAGAUACGCCACAUAGACACACAGGACUGGGUCGUAUUCAUUAGGGACUGAAACGGGGAGGAACUACUUGGAAUUGUCCAAUAAGAAACGUUCAUUUGUUUCCCAUUGCAAAACGUUUUCUGUUGCAUGCCCUAAUGACUACAAUCCGGGGCAACAUGAGGGGGAGGUGUCGUCUUUCUGGGAUGACUCGGGGACUGUCAGGUUGGGGGAAACGGGAGCUUGGAGACUAGGGAAGGAUUUUUCUUGGAAUUUGUCUUAUCUCCUGAUAUUUUGUUCAUGGUCUUUAAGUUCUCGGCCCGUAUAUUAUAAUGAAGAUUUUGGUAAUAAUGCUUUUCAAUGUUUCCUUAACGUUCUGUAAAUGAUUUUUUUGCUAAUUGUACUACGAAAUGAAAUUUAAUUUGAAAUUGUUGGACUGCUUGUAUAAAGUUGUGACACAAUGGUUUUCUGGUAGAAUUCCUAAUCUCAUGUCAACGUGAAUUUCACAUAAUAAAGUAACCGUUGGUGUAA